AUGACGACUCAGUCGGCCUAUGUGGUGGAGGGUACAAAGAAGGGAGAUUGGAAGCUCAGUGACCGUAGCCCAGGUGGGUCAUCCACGGGAGUCGCAGUCGGAAUAUCUGCUGGCUUCAGCCCUUUGGGUAUUGGCACUGAGACAGACGGAUCCCUGAACACCCCAGCCAGCCGCGCCGCUCUGUUUGCUUUGAAGGUAUCGGUUGGCUCAUCCUCAUCUCAAGGAGUCAUAUCAAUCUCCUCGACGUUUGACAGUCUGGGAGGGAUGGGCAAGACCGUCAAGGACGUCGCGCUCUUAACAGAUGCUCUCCUCAACAACAACGCCAAGGCAGGCUUCCCUGGCGGCUUGGUUAACUUCCUAACAGACAGCUGGAAAGGGAUCAGAGUCGGGAAAUCAGCACUUGACGGUGCUGCCCAAAAGAUAAGAGCACAAGGAGCAUUCGUUGUCCAUCCCCUACAUCUGCUUCCAGCGACCGCUCUGAAACUCGACGAUGAACCAGCAAUGCCCAUCGUAAUGAGAUACGAGUUUCGUGAGCUGAUGGAUGAGUAUCUGUCAUCUUACCUCGAGGAGAGUCAGACUGGAACAAGGCACAUGCGACCCAGGAGCUUCCUGAAGGUAACCCUGUGCUUCUACAUCAGAUAUCGAAUCUCCAUGUCUGACAUGUACACAGACUACCCAGGACAGGACCUCUUAGCUUCAGCGCUAGAAGACCAGACACCGCUCGAGAAGGUCUUGCGGGCCCGAGAAGCUGUAAGGCGCAUCGCAACAAGCGGGAUCAACGAGGCUCUCGAUGAACACAAUCUUCAAGCCAUCAUUGCCACCACGGACUCUCCCAUAUCAUCGUUAGCAUCCUCAGCCGGGUAUCCAAUUGCGACUGUCCCACUUGGUCGCCGCAAUUCAAAUGGACGUCCAUUCGGCGCUGCCAUCAUGACAAGGGCUGGUGACGAGGGGACACUGAUCCAAAUCAUGAGCGCUUGGGAAGCCACGUUCCCGAAGAGAGAAAUACCCACACUUUUCCUGAAUGCCAAAUCGGAAAUCUGA